UAGAUACACGAAUACACGAUUCAAUUCAAUUUUACACACAAAUAAAAAUGGUGGUUCGAUUUCAUUAGAACGAUAAUUUAUUAGAUUAAGUUGAAACAAUGUUUGUUCGCGUCUUAUUAGUGAUUUAAGUGCGUUUGUAUGUUUCCAAUACCGUAAUUGUAGCGGAGGUGCGAUUACGUGGUGCCUUAGCGAGAGUUGUGUAUGACAAAUAACAGGUUGUUGCAGAUACCGAAAGCUUUUCUAAUUCGUGUAAAUAGUGCUAUUGUUUAUAAGUUUUAUUUUAUAAACAAACUUCUAAAGCCUAGGUUGUAGAAAUACAAACUCCGGGGGUAAUUCCAAAAUUUUACGCUUGAUGAGGCAACCUGGAUGAUUUUAUACGACCAGCAUGUGACCCACAUCUGAGAUUUCUCUAAACAUUAGAACGAUCUUCGACCUAUUUCAAAAACACAAACAUCUGUAUUUGUAAUAUAGAACAUCUUUAAUUAGAAAAGUGAAAAAGAUAUACAUUUGACCAGUUCUGAUUAACAUGAAACAAAAUUGUUUCAAUUAAACACCAGCAGUCUACCAACAAUUAUUUAAUUGAUCAAGAUAACUUAUACUUGGACAGUUUCAACAAAAAUAUAUAUAGAAUUUUAUUGUGAUAAAUUUAAUUGUCUGUGUUUUAAAAGCAAUGCAAAAAGUAAAUAAAAUAAUUGGCAACAAAAUGAGAUGAAAAUUGCUCACAAUUCAUAACAAAUGCAAAUUGUACCAUGAAGCAGAAUGGCUCUUUCUGAAAAUCAUAGGUAUAUUGUGCAGGUGUUUGUAGGAGCGUUAUCUGCUCAAUAUGAGGCACUCUCAGUUGAAGCCUCAAAGCAAACAAGCUCUGAAGAAAUUGUUUGUUGUAUAGCUGAUAAGCUCAAUUUAAAUGAUGGUGUGGGUGGCCCCUAUGAACUUGCAGAGGUGGUGGGAGAUGUCGUUAGUGGCGAAUGCAAGGAGAGACGGCUGGGGUCUAACGAGUCACCUGUGGCUGUCAUGAUGCUUUGGCCUAAUAACAACACAGGACAGUAUUACAGGUUUUACCUACGCGAGAAGAUACCGGACGAGCCAUGGAUGGAAAAUUUCUCCGUAGAUCCGCAACUAAUAAAGGAUUAUUUCCAAAGGUUCCUUUACCAGCCGAAGGACCGGGAAUAUCCAGACCUUUGCCAACUGCCGGAACUGAACGAGCAGACUCUUUUGGACAAUUUGAGAGCGAGGUUCGGCGCGGGAUACAUAUACACAUAUGUGGGCUCUAUAUUGAUAGCGCUCAACCCGUUCAAGUUCUAUCCGAUAUACAAUCCGAAGUACGUGAAGCUCUACCAGAACAAGAGGAUAGGCUCCAGUCUGCCUCCACAUAUAUUCGCCGUAGCGGACGCCGCGUACCACUGUAUGCUCCGCGAAAGAACGAAUCAAUGUAUUGUGAUUAGUGGUGAAAGUGGUUCCGGGAAAACUGAGAGUACAAAUUUUCUUCUCCACCAUUUAACCGCGCUCAGUCAAAAGGGAUCUCACGGAAGUGGAGUCGAGCAGACGAUUCUCAGCGCGGGGCCUGUCCUCGAAGCGUUUGGUAACGCGAAAACCGCACACAAUAACAACUCGAGUCGAUUCGGCAAAUUUAUUCAGGUCAAUUACAAGGAAAAUGGAAUGGUUCACGGUGCUGUGGUACAGAAAUAUUUAUUGGAGAAGUCGAGGAUUUGUAGCCAAGGACGGAAUGAGAGGAACUAUCAUGUGUUCUAUUAUCUUUUGGCUGGUGCUUCGGAGCAGGAGAGAGAACAGUUGCAUUUGUUGAGUGUUGAUAAAUAUAAUUAUUUGUCGCGGACUGGUUGUAGUGUGGUGCCCGGGGUGGAUGAGCAGUAUGAGUUCUCGCGGUUAAAACAAUCUAUGGACAUGGUGGGAUUCACUAUGGAUAAACAGCGGAGGUUGUUUGCGGUUUUGUCAGCUGUUUUACUAUUAGGUAACGUUGAGUUUCAACCCCAACGCAAAUCAUACCACCACGACGAGGCCGUGGGCGUGCGAAAUCCUGAAGUAGUAUCGCUGAUAUCGUCUUUAUUACGAGUGAAACAGGAGACAUUAUUGGCUGCACUCACGUCCAAAAGGGCGAGAGCGUCAGGAGAAACACUUGUUAUAAAUUAUAGGCUGCCAGAAGCGAUAGCAACCCGCGACGCAAUGGCUAAAUGCUUAUACGGUGCUUUAUUCGAUUGGAUUGUGAUGCAAGUUAAUCACGCUCUGCUUUCCAAAAAGGACACGCUAAGGGAACACCAGGGACAUAGUAUAGGCGUCCUCGAUAUAUUCGGUUUCGAAGACUUCGGUCCGAACAACAGCUUUGAGCAACUCUGCAUCAAUUACGCUAACGAGCACUUGCAAUAUUACUUCAACCAACACGUAUUUAAGUACGAGCAAGAGGAGUAUAGGAGAGAGGGAAUUCGAUGGACGGACAUAGGUUUCUCGGAUAACACCGGGUGUCUUCAGCUAAUAGAGGGAAAGCCGGGUGGAUUGCUGUGCCUCUUGGAUGAUCAGUGCAACUUUCCCUGGGCUACGAAUGAGACGUUACUCCAAAAAUUCAACUCUGUACACGAAGAGAAUCCGUUCUACGAGAAGCCUACGCGCCGGGAGCCAGCUUUUGUCGUAAGGCAUUACGCGGGGAGGGUAAAAUAUCAGGCAACAGCAAUGCGAGAAAAGAACUUAGACCUCAUGAGACAAGACAUCGUGAGUGUGCUCAAGAACUCGUCUCUGGCGUUUGUGAGGGAGUUGGUGGGAGUCGACCCCGUUGCUGUGUUCCGUUGGGCGAUCGUCAGAGCUUUUUUCAGAGGGUACUUUGCAUUUAUGGAAGCGGGUAGCAGACACAGAGUGAAUAGAGUGGACGGUGCUUCGAGAGUCCCCCGAGCGUCCAUACACGCUGCGAACGAAAGUAUAGUUAGCCAACUGGUGACAGUGUCAUCAAUCAAUCUCGCAAUCAACAGAAUUGCCAGAACGCCGCAAAGGGCGGCAACGAAAGCACGAGAGACGGGAAGAACUGAACGAAGAGAAGCGGCUGGGGGAGGGUCUCGGACGGCGAAACCGACCAAAAAUUAUAGAACCGCCGAAACUAGAACUCGCCGCACUGACAGGGACCUAGACGACGCGGACGUGUUGCAGCGAGCCAGUCAAAUCGUCAUGAAAAAUAAGUCGUUCCGGCCUCGGGAGCGCGCGAAGAAAGGCUUAAAGAAUCUACAGAGUGUAAAAACAUUGGCCGGUCGAACGGCUGCUGCGGGAAAGAGAAAGCAACCUCACACAGUGGCCGCUCAGUUCCAACAUUCUCUUGCAGCACUCAUGGAAACUCUGAAUCAAGCAAAUCCAUUUUUCAUAAGAUGUAUUAAAUCGAAUAGUGAUAAAAUCCCCAACGUUUUUGACGAAGAAACAGUCCAGCGUCAGCUCAGAUAUACGGGAAUGCUCGAAACAGUACGCAUUAGACAAGCCGGAUACAACGUACGACUUACGUACGAAGAGUUCAUACAAUUGUACAGAAUUUUGCUACCGAAGGGCCUACUCAGCUCACAAUCUGAUGUGCGGCAUUUUCUUGCCACCCUCAAUUUGGAUAGGGAUAAUUAUCAAAUGGGUGCCACAAAGAUUUUUAUGCGGGAAAGCGAGCAGACAAAGCUGGAAUAUCGGCUGCAUCAACAAAUAAUGGCAUCCAUCAUCACAAUUCAGCGUUGGUUUCGGGCUUUACUCGAACGGAGACGGUUUCUCGUAUUGCGUCGAGCUUCGCAUACAAUACAGACUUAUUGCAGACAAUGGCUUGCAGCACGCCAUGAAGCUGCCACGAGAUUGCAAGCUUGGUUCCGUGGGAGUCAGGUACGGAGAUGGUACACGAAGUUUCGGGACUCUGUUAUCAUCUUCCAAGCGGCGGCGAAAGGGUUCCUAAUAAGAAAAACCUUGCCAGAACUUAGAAGACAACUGCCAUCGACCAGGCAUAAACCUGAGCAUGAGAGAGCCUCGAUCGCGUCCGAGUCAGAACUGUACAAGGCGAAGCAGCCGAGCAUCGAGCAACUUAAGAAUAUCAUCGAUAUACAGUUAAACAUGUUGAUUCAAGAAGAAGCAGAAAAAUCAAGACAGUUGCGAGCUACUCAAUCGUUGCCUCUUGGCAGCUUAGAAAACAAGCGAGAUAGCCUAUCGCUAGAGAGUUCGACUCAGAAGACGUAUCACAAACGAAAAGUCUCCAAGACGCAGAACAUCACAGAGGUGCCAUCGAAACAGGCUAGUCAGAAUUUAAUAAACAAAGAGACAAGUGAAUCUUCACCUGAAGAGAGUUGGAAUGCGAACAAAAGCAAAUAUCCUCAGGGCAUUGUGGCCUGGCCCAAAAAGAUCACUCCAGAAGUCCUCGCCAAUGAGCUGCUCUGGCUGCGGAUAGAUCAGAAUUAUCUUAUGGCUGAAAAGAAUAAGAUACGGGAAAGAGAAUUGGCAGAAACGUUAGCGACAAGUAGUGAAGAAUAUCUACGUCAAGUUGGCGAUUGGAGUCCCGCUGAUAGCACCGACACUAAUACGAGCUCAAGGCGAACAUCUCCUCAAGUAUACCAGCGAAGUCUGUCAAGUACAACCUUGGAACCAGCGAGGACCCUACACAGCCUUCCACCGGUUAGAAGAGAUCCUAGAGAUUCGAGGGACAUGCGAGAUUCUAAAGAUCGACACGACACGCCCCUUGAUACCUCGUGCGCGUCCCUGGUACGAGCCGUAGAAGCACCCGCGCCGCCUGCGCGUUCAGCGAGACGUGAAACGAGACGAGCUGUGGACAAACUCGAUCGGGUUGAACAUUCUGAUCGACUGUCCAGGACCGAUGCUGCCAAUGCCAUGGCGUUGCCAUGUCCCGAAGCUAAGCGAGCGUCAUCUGAAAUACCAGUAGUGGCGGGAGACCCUCUGCGCCGGCGCAACUCAGAUCCCGCGCCGGAACCUAGAGUCGCGGACUACAUUGGGCACACCGCUAACGGGCUGUUUGGCAUCGCGGGGCAUAGAUUUCGCAAAGGAACGAGAUUCGCAAAAGGUGACAAGUGCGUAUACUGUCAUCAGGCUAUCGACGCGUUCGUCACUCAGGGUCAGAGAUGUAUCGACUGCAAACAAUUGUAUCACACCAAAUGUAUUCAGAAUAAGGGUGUCAUCACAAUGCCAUGCCCCAGCCCUGUGACAGGCGCAACUCGAGGCAGGCAUAAAAACCGGAAACGGAUUAACCUCAAGGAGUCUCCGUACAAUUUGUUGAUGGAACACUCGAAAGUUGGCUCCAACUUCAGUUUGACAGGCACGUCCGAGUUUAUGGACAGAACCGACAAAAUCAUAUCGGACGCCACCGAAUUGCAAGCGAUGCAGAACUUCAUAACAAAGAAAAUAUACCAAAUGGAGUCGUCUGAGAAUCCAAAUGCUAAGCAAUCUGAGGUCGACAGGGUAUUUAAGCACGCACUGAGAGAGUUCAAAGACAAUUUAGUGGCCACAUACAGCGUGGUAGAGACACGGGGCUCGGCCCUCAAGUACAAAGACCUCAUUGGGAACUUCCUUCACGUUAUGGAAACCGUUUGCGCAAGGGAAGGGUCUACUCUGUCCAUCACAAUGGGAGUCAACGCUUUCAGAGGGUUCAUGGAUGAGUUCAUGAGCCAACACGAAACUGAUAAAGCGAGGACCAAGCGGAAAAAGGAUAAGAAACGAAAGGUCGACGAUCCAAUACAAUACAUGGGUCAUACAUUCAUCCUAUCGAUGAUUAACAUUCCCACCGAGUGUGAGAUCUGCAAGACCUUCUUCAUGUGGCCCUUGGAGCGGUCCUUGAUUUGCCAAACCUGCAAGCUUGCGUCACAUAAGAAGUGUUUUAUGAAGGUAUCCACACGAUGUAGAGCCGACACAGUGACUCCUUCAGCGUCCAUAGUAGGCGCUGUUGACGCGGGGGGCAGGGAACAAAUGGGACUUAAGAGGGGGAAGGUAUUCGGUGUGCCAUUAUCAGAGUUGCCAACAGGCGAAGGCAACAUUCCUAUAGUAGUAGAUAGACUUAUCACGUCCAUAGAGAUGAUCGGAUUGUACACUGAAGGGCUUUACAGGAAAAGUGGAUUGAGUUCUAAGGUCCGCGAACUUCGACGUCUUUUAGACGAACAACCAGAAGAGAGCGUAGAACGUUUAGACACGUACGCAGUUCACGUACGCGCUUCCGUACUUAAGACUUUCUUCCGGGAGCUACCGGAACCGUUGCUGACUUUCGAUCUCUAUGACGACCUUAUACUUGCCGCACAGAUGUCUGAUCCCCAGGAACGAGUAUCGAGUAUAUUCACACUCCUAAAGAAACUACCGAAAAUCAACUACGAUGUCGUGGAGAGAUUAAUUUUUCAUCUCGCAAGAGUCGCCCUCAGAGAAGAACAUAAUAGAAUGGGAGCGAACGCGCUCGCUAUAGUGUUCGCGCCGUGCAUACUGCGUACGCACAAGAUCCAACCUGCGCAGGACUCGCUUCAUGACAUCGCGCGUCAGACGGCCUGUCUGGAAGCCAUACUUUUUGACAAGAUGAGCAAUACACGCGGUACCCUCGCCGAUAUAGAGACGCUGGAUAAGGCAUGUGCAACAGCAACAGAUAGGCUCACGCACAUCCGCGCUCGAAGCGAAGCUCCGCGACCCGAAGAGCAAAUUCUGGAGGGUCACAUUCAUGAGAUGGAAAAGGAAAAGGCCACGCUCACAAAUAACUUGCCCGCGCUCAUAUAUAGAACGACAUCGGACGACGACAUGUUAUCCACUACAGAACAAGAUGGUGAGUUUGGUAGUACUGAUGAUCUUAGUACUGGGGCGUCAUCUUUACGCUCGCAGCGAUUAUUACACAGACAACUGUCAUCUGAUGAUCCUAUAAUGGUCUAAAUAUCUGAACACUCGUAAGAGUGGGUAUCUUGCAUACGUAUACGUGUUGGAACGUAUACGCAAGAACGCUCGUUGUACCUAUUAAGAUUCUCACAACCAUAUUACGGAAAUAUUAUAUUUAAUCGCAUAGGUUGUCCUCGAAAAAUUUAUUUGUUUUCUUACGAUAUGAAUCUUGUAUGGGUGUAAUGAGGCCAAUGCGCUGUUUGAUCGCAUUUUAUCAGUCAUAACUGUUACUUGUAGCCUUUUUAUUCGUAUUGACAAAAAUUUACCGAUUUCAAGUUCUGUCUAGAUUUAGGUUACAUAUUUAAGUUUUUAAACGUUAACGAAUUUUAACGAAUUUUUAAUUUCAAAAUAUAAUUUUGUAUUUAUUUGGUGCCAGACAGUACCCUAAAGUACAUAAGCCAUCGCAUUUACAAAUCUGAAACAAAUUAUUACAAAACUAUUUCGGUACUUAAGUAGGGAAGAGCUUAUUUGAGGCUUAGUGUAAAAUCUGAAUUUAGAAUGUAGACAUAUAUCCAAGAAAAUUUGUAUAAGAAAUCUUAUUUUCCUAUACUGACGUGUUUUAUCCUCUGCACUAAUGUAAUAUUUUAUGAUAUAUUUUCUCUUUGUAAAUAAUAUGUAAAUCUGGUCUAAAUGUGAUUUAUAUGUUAGUGCUCUUAUAUUAGAUCGUUCAAGUUUCGUGUUUGUCUUACACUGUUAUUGUACUUGCAUGUAAAAUAUCCUAUUUUAAUAAAAAUGUAGUGAUGUUAAAAUGCUAUUUGUAGCCAAAUUGUGCAUUUUAUUGACCAGUUUUCGAUUGUCUAGCAUACUUGCAAAUGCCCCGCUUAUAAUUCUAAAAAGGUCUAUUCUGAAGACAAGUCAUAGGGACUGCUGUAAUUUAUUCAAUUUCAUAAUCUAAAAGACUGUCUAUUAAUAAGCUAUUGAUGUUAUUGUUAAGUCACAAAUAUAAUCCAUUUAUAAUUAGUUUCUAGUUUUUACUUACAACGAAUAUCUCUGUGAAAUCUUACUGUAGCAUUAGGUUACAGCUCAAUAUUAUUAUUAGUAUUAUUUGUAAUUACUAUUUGCAAAUGAAUCUCACAGGUGUUCUUAAUUUUAAUUAAUAGUGAUUAUUUUAAACAUACAAAAUGCAUAUUGGUGGGUCGCUUCAAGAGCAAUUUUUAAUAUUGUUGGUGAAAAUGGUUAAAUUUUAUGAAGGUUGUGUAAUUAUCAUUUCUGUGCCUUUAAAAUCACUGAUUUCAGUGCUGAUUGUUUCCAUUGUUAAUUUUUAAGAUGAUUCUAUCUUAUAUAGUAAUUGAAAAUGCCUAGCCAAAAAAUUUGAUUGUGUAUGUUGGUUAACAAUUAUGUACAAAUUGGUAAAUUCAAUCUUUUAUUGCUUUGUUAAGCCAAAUUUUAACAAAUUAGCAAUAGUUUCAUUUUAGAACUUCAUAUAACCUCUCAUAGUUUAGAAUGUUUGUCUUUGUGGAAUAGUUAUAAAAUGGUGACAAAUUAAGUCAAUGAUUAAAGGUGAAUAAAAACAGGUUUUAAUACUAUUUCAAUAACAUGAUAAUGCAUCUACCCACAAUAUAGAAGAAACCUUAGCUUUGUGUAUCCGUUAUCACUUUAGAAGUGUGUAGAUAAACUGUAAAUAUGUAGUUAGGUAUUACUUAGCCAGUUAUAGAUGUAGAGUAAAUGCUAGUAGUUUCUUUAGGAAAUCAUUUUACUUAACUGUUUCAAUAUAAUUCUUAUUGCAUUCUGGUGCCUAAAAUUAUUAUAAUACACUAACUGUAUCUAAAGCUAAUAAUAGAUUUUUUUAAAUGAUAUUAAUUUGAUAUUGCCAUUUACAAAUUUUAAUUGUCAAAACGUCAUUAGACCACACAUGUAUUUCGUUUUUAAAUGUCUGUAAUGUUUUAGCAUUUUAAUAACUUCUUGUAUUAUGGUUAUGUAUGAUACCCAAGUUAUUUUAAGACUCUUGUUAUGUGUCAAUAUUAUAAUAAAUGUAACCAAAACAUACUAUAUACAUACUACAAAAAUUGAAAAAUAAACAAUUGCUGUGAA